GCAUAGGAUGCAUGGUCUCCUCUGUCUACUUUCAUCUGCCCUGCGAAGCGGUGCACUCAAGUCUCUGCGGAGCAUGAGGCCUGGUAGAGAGAUCUGGGGAUGCUUAGGGGUGGGCAUCCUACGGAACAGCUAAGGGUUGCUGCUGGGACGAUGCUGGUCGGAGCUGGGGAUGGGAAGAAGUUGAGACCGAUUGAGUACAUGAGCAAGAAAAUGCCAUCGAAGAAAUUGGCAAAGUCCACCAACGAAAGGGAACUCUAUGCUCUAUAUCAAGCACUUGUCCAUUGGAGACACUUCCUAUUGGGAAGGUUCUUCUACUUGAGGACUGAUUAUCAGACCCUCAAAUGGAUCAAGACUCAACCGACUCUUUCUGAUGCACUCAAGCGAUGGAUUGAGGUCAUAGAUCAAUAUGACUUCAAGCUUGAGUAUCUGAAGGGAGAGUACAAUAAGGUUGCAGAUGCGCUAUCACGUAGGGCAGACUACCUAGGUGCGCUAGUUUCCGACUUUGGCGUAUCUGAUGAAGUAACUCAAUCGUUGGUGGGAGCCUAUCAGGAAAACCCUGUCACGAUGGACAUCAUUCGCAAACUUCAGGCAAAAGACAAGGCCACAGAGAGUGAGUUUGUGAUGGUGGACGGACUUCUCUAUCUUGAUAAGGCCGGAAUAAAAAGAUUAGUAAUUCCAUCUAGCGAACGUUUGCGUAGUUUAUUUCUAGGAGAAUGUCAUGACGCAACCGGACACUUUGGCUACAAGAAGACGAGUGUUAAUCUAGUACAACGAUUUUGGUGGCCUGGAAUGUUAGAUGACGCAGAGAAGUACGUAGAGACCUGUCAGGUCUGUCAGCGGGACAAGCCGCGAACUCAAGCACCGCUUGGGUUGUUGAAGCCCUUACCUAUCCCCGCUGGUCUAGGACAGAGUGUUUCCAUGGAUUUCAUGGAUACCUUGGUGACCAGCAAGAGUGGCAAGAGGCACAUAUUCGUCAUCAUCAGUCAAUUCACCAAGUACGCUAGACUAGUUGCAAUGCCAGAGACCGCAAGGACUGACCAUGUCAUCAAGUUGUUCAAGGACAACUGGGUGCGCGACUUUGGUUUACCCAAGACCAUCGUUAGUGACAGAGAUGUCCGCUUCACAAGUGAGCUAUGGAAGAAGACUAUUGAACAGAUAGACAAUCAACUUCAAAUGACUUCAGGGAAUCAUCCCGAAGCCAACGGACAAGCCGAACAAAUGAACAAAGUUGUACAACACUUGCUGAGGCAUUACAUCAAGCCCGACCAGGAUGAUUGGGAUGAGCAAUUGCCUCUCAUCGCCAGCCUGUACAACAAUGUUGUACACAGCAGUACCGGCGUUAGUUCUAACCAGCUGCACUUGGGAUGGACGCUUAGAUCCGCCCUAGACUUCCUCCUUCCUGAAAACCGACCCGCUGCAACUCCAGGCACACUCGAGUAUGGUGUGCAGUAUGAGAAGUUGCUGCAAGAAGCUGUCGAGCAUAUGAAGAAAGCUCAGCAAGCAAUGAUUGCUUCUGAGAAUCAACAUCGUAGACAGUCCUCAUUUCAAGUAGGGGAACGAUUCUGGGUCAAGGCUAGUGAGCUAGGACAAGAAUUCAGAAUCUCUUGUAAACUAAUGUCUCAGUAUUUUGGUCCAUGGGAAGUCCUAGAUAUAGUGGGAGAUGAGAUGGAUGGUCCCACAUAUGUCAUCCGUGUUCCUGGACACCUGCACACUUACCCUGUCUUUCAUGCCUCAAAGCUCGCACCUUUCGCUGAGACACAUCAAUUCCCUUCCAGGAGAUCGGUGCUGCCCCCAACCAUGGAUGGUCAAGUGGGCAUCGACGACAUUGUGGAUCACAGGGACAUGCCUGUUUCAAAGCCGCUGGGCCGAGGAAGACCUCCCAAGCCCAAGAGAGAGUACCUCGUCAGAUUCAAGCAUCACACGGAUCCAAAAGAAGAUCGUUGGUUUACUAGACAGGAACUGAUUGAGACAGCUCCUUAGGUGUUGGUAGAUUAUGAGAGAAAACUGAAAGGGAAGGCACUUGCGAAGUAAGCAUCUCAGCGGACUUUUGAAGCUAAGGGGGAUGGAAUGUGAGGAUUGAGCCCUCAAGAAGGGGCCUUGCCAUGGUGUACAUGUUCUGGGCUAAGGCCCCAGCAAGCCUCGUGCCCGCCCUAAGUGGAGGCGGGCCAGCAAAUCAACAAGAGCCCUCUGU